GUAGACUUCAUCUCUCCCUUAUUGGCUUCAGCGUUCUUCGGUUGACUGUUGAUCCGUCCGACUACCCUUCGUCUCCGUCUCUUCCACUUCUCCGUUCUACGGAUUGGCUCCAUGUCCCACCACGACCUCCUCUGUUUGCUGCUGACCAGGUUGAGCAGGUCCAGCGUGGCUGCUGCCGCUCCUCGCCGCCACCGCCACCUACUGCUCGGGCUGACUCGAUUUGGCCUCCGGCUUUUGUAAUGAUACGAUGGUCUCGAAAUCUCCCGCGAGGGCUGUGACUUUGUUCCGCCUUGACGCCAGCUUGUGGGCCGCCUCCUCAUUUACAUCAUUGUAAGCACUUGGCGAAUCCUUCCUCCCGUUCAACGUCGCCUUCCUCUCCGACGCCACAUUCUUUUGCUCUGCCUUUGCCUUCCUCUCCGUUACCGAUCUCUCCUCACGCUCCUUAAAUUUGGGUUUCUCUUCUGCCACUGCCUUGUCUCCCUCGCCUCUACUCUCGCUCUCUGGCUGUAGCUUCAGCUUGGCUUCUCGGAUUCUUAUCAUCAGCAUUAUGGGCUUUGGGCUCUUUGUUCUCCUCCGAGCCCCCAUGAUAGGGGUAAUAAUGGUGACAUGACGUGUCAUGACGUCGGCCUCACCUGAGCGUCACUCUGCCCGAGGAGGAGAGCUAUAAUGCUAACUCGACACGCCCUGACGUCAUCCGCUCUCAGACAACGACUUCAUCGCUGUCUGACCCCGCACGCUUGACCGAGGCAGAGGAGGACGACAACCGACCCUCGCCCAUACCCUGCGGCAAGUCGGCUCCCCACGCAACGUCAAUAGCAAUGUCAGAAGCCAUCAGAGGUACGAUCCUACCUCCCGCAGGCAGACACAUCAGGCCGAGCUAUCGACCCGACUUGUGUGUAGGAACAAAGGUGAGGUCGCACCUUCCCGUCGCCGCGGCAAGACUUCGCUCCACACACAACAUCCCGCCAAGACCAUUGCAACCGACCACCCCGGCUGUCCCGAGGAACGUCGUGCGAGAUCCCCCCGCAUUCGGACCCGAACAAAGCCGCGACGGCCCCGAGGCCAUGGCAUACAGUUGUUCCCUGCAAUAUUUUGGCGCUCGAAGGAGAGCCCCCGAAUGUCGAGCGAUCAGCAGAUACACUCUAGCGAACCCGCAGCCAUGGGGUCGCAUCCGGUCAACACCCCAGAAGAACAUCCCCUGCGGGAUGAACCCCGCGACGAGCGCCCUGCCACGACAUCGGAGCGCUACUGGCGGCUGUUCAACGACCCGGGUUUGUCGCCACCCGACGUCCCCGUUGGCCCGCCACCUGUUUCGCCCGAAGCCUUCCACAAUCUCGCUCACCGAGUACGAGCGCUGGCAGGCGUGAUGCAGACUAUCAUCCCGCUCGUCUCCCAGCCGACGCCCCCACAUGCAACCCAGCCUUUGCAAUAGCGUGAGCCCCCCGCCCGGACGCACGCGCCACUCCUUGAGCGCCCAAUUUCGCCUUGAAACCGAACGACCCAACCUGGAGACCAAGAGGCGGAAGGCACGUCGAGUCGCCCAGGGCCUGAGGUGCCACCCGCGGACUCGACGAACGCCCUGCGAGCCCAGUUGCGCCUCUUCAAUCAAUGCCUCGACGAAGUAUAGCAGGAGGUUUGCAGAUCAAAGGGGGAGCUCGGGGCGGACGGAUACUAAGGGUCACCGUUCGCACCCGAAAUACAAGAUCAAGUGAUUCCACCACACUUCCGGCUCCCAUCCCUGGACGCCUAUGAUGACGCCGCUGACCCCGCGGAUCACAUGGCCGUGUUUCGCGCCCAAAUGGCGCUAUAUGUGACUUCUGACGCCUUGAUGUGCAGGGCGUUCCCAACGACCUUGAGGGGAUUGGCCCGCGCAUGGUACAGCGGCCUGAAGACCGGGACCAUCUCUUCCUUCGAUCAGCUCGCCCGAGACUUCAAGCUCAAUUUCCUCGCCUACGCCCGUCCGAAGCCGUCCGUGGCGUUGCUCCUCGGACUCCACCAAAGGGAGGAAGAGCCCCUCUCCCACUUCGUAAACCAUUUCACGACGCAGAUCCGAGGACUCUCAGACGCUCACCCUUCUCUAUUGAUGCGGGAGUUCAUGAUAGGCCUGCGGGCCUCCAGGUUCUUCUGGUCUCUGGUGGAGCGGCCCCCCACGACGGUACCCGAGAUGCUCCAGCGAGCGAGCCAGUUCGUCGUCGCAGAGACAUGGAUGGCCGGGAAGUGCGAAGAGCACAAGAGGGUCAAGUCGGAGCCGCCCCGGCAGCAACAACCCGCUGCAUCUCGGUGUAGGUUGGACAGAUCCGACCCAUCGACAUCGAGGCCCCCUCUCCCAGCCUUGAACUCGUCCCGAACGGAAAUAUUCCUCCACAUAAGGGAAAAGGGAUUGCUCAAAGAACCUUACCCGAUGAGGAAUCCGCGGGAGCUGGCGGACCGGUCAAAGUACUGUCGCUUCCACCGGCAACAUGGGCAUGACACUGAACAGUGUCGGGAGCUAAAGAGGCAGAUCGAGAAGCUCAUUCGUAGGGGACACCUCGGUCAGUACCUCCGACCGGACAAGGAACUUUCACCGCGCCCGGAGGGUUCCAUCGAACGACACAUCGACGUAAUAGCUGGCGGCCCCACAUCUGGCGGGGAUUCUAUGACCAGAAGAAAGGCGUACGCCAGAGCCGAUCCGGCCGAAGCUCCCGGGCACGGGCCCGAGCCUAACAUCACCUUCCCGACCGAGGCAUCAAAACAAACCGAGCACGACGAUGCGCUCGUGAUAUCGGUCAGAAUAGCCAAUGCGCAAGUAAGCAGGAUCAUGGUCGAUACCGGAGCUCAGCCGACAUACUCUACUUCGACGCCUUCUAAAAGCUCGGCUUAUCCGGAGAUAACAUGAAGCUGAUAUUCUCUGCACUCACCGGAUUCACCGGUGAUUCAAUCUCGCCGCUAGGGACGAUCACUUUACCCUUGACCCUGGGAGCCCCGCCGAGGUCAAAGACGGUGAUGACCACCUUCCUGGUAAUCGACCUCCCCGCUGCAUAUAACGCCAUUCUCGGCCGGCCGACCCUCAACAAAAUCAGAGCUGUCAUCUCGACCUACUACCAAACUGUUAAGUUCGCAACCCACGCCGGGACCGGAGAGGUCACAGGAAGUCCCCGAGAAUCCAAGUGCUGCUACCUGACCGUCGUUUCGUUACACAAGAGGGCCAGGGUCGAACCAUCGUUGGCGGACCCCCGGGAGACGAAGAAGCCAGCCCCCCAUCCUGAGCCGAGGGGGUCCACCAUCGACAUGCCGCUGGUAGAGGAUCGGUCGGAGCAGACGGUUAAGAUCGGGUCGGAGUUACCCCGAGCAAGAACGAAAACAGCUCUUCGGCCUCCUACAGAAGAAUGCCGACGUCUUCGCCUGGUCGCCAUCGGACAUGACGGGCGUCAACCCGACAGUUGCACAGCAUCACCUCAGUAUUUCACCCGACGCCCGCCCUGUAAAACAAAAGCCCAGGUGGCAGGCCCCUGAUCGGCAGUUGGCCAUACGAGAAGAAGUGGGUCGACUCCUAGAGGCGGACUUUAUAGAAAAAGCCAGAUACCCACAAUGGCUAUCCAAUGUAGUCCUCGUCAAGAAAGCUAAUGGAAGCUGGAGGAUGUGCGUUGAUUGCA